AUGAUUUCAACAAUCGGCACAACAGCAAUACAAGCCGCGAACGGCGGGACUCUGUCCACAACUACAGCACCAAACUCGUUAGUCAUGAAUCCAACAUCUAUGUUAGUAGAGAUGAAAAGCUUCAUUCCUUCUUCAUAUACUUUCGAAACAAAAAUCCAGAAGAUAAAGCAAGAACUUUUAACAAGUAAUUUAGACUGUAGUGCGAAAGAUGAAACAAAUGAACAGUAUCUUUAUGAAAUGCAGGACAUUAUUGACCAUUUACCUAAACUACCUGAAAUCCAACAACAAAAACUAACUAUUCCUGAAUUCGACGAAAUUGAAGUCAAAACAACUGACUCAGUAGAAAUAAAGAAGUUCAUACGUAAAGUAAAUUAUGAAUUCCUUGGUUUUCAUUGCAACCAUAAAGUUAUGGACAAAGAUUGCGACAUGGUUUAUAAGAAUGUUUCUGACAUAUAUAAAUCUGAAGAAUUUAAGACCUACGAUAACUUUGUUUCAUUAGUUGCUGAAUGUGUUUGGGAAAUAAGAGAUAAAGAUAGAAGAGGCAAAGUAUGGAACGAACAACUAAGACCCGCUAU